GCGUGGACGCCGCUGCGGGGGAGCCCGUCGGCGCGCAUCCCGCCUGUUGUAGGGUCGCGAGGGAUUCGGGGGUAGAGGGCCGGCGCGAACCAGCCGCGGGUCAGGGGGGAGCGGGAGGGUCAGGAGAGUGCUGCAGAAGCCGCAGGAGAGCGUUUGCAGCUUAGAUGGCGCUACCAGGAGGUGUGGAGAGAGUGGGGUGUCUGGAGCCUGGCAGUGAGGGUGAGGAGAGGGGCCCGCAGGCGGACCGAGGUUGUGCCUGCGGAGAGGGAAGGGCGGUAAUGCAGGUGAGAGGCCUGGGGGUGGGGCGUCUCUGACCCCGGAGCGCUGCGGGGAAGAGGCGUCCCUGCACCCACCCCUCGCUUUCCCUAGUGCAAAGCCGCUGAAUGCAGAGAUGAGUGGAGACGGGCAAGUUUGUCGGUUUGUGUGUUUUGAAGGUGGGGUCUGUUGCCAGGUAACCACUUGAGAGAGCUAAAGAAGGAGUUUCUUAACACGGAAACCAGGCUGGCUUGGAGAACCCAGAGUUGACAGGAUUUGUGCUUGGUAACGGGCUUUCUUAUGGUGAGGCACCUGAGAGCAAGUGUGGGCAGUGCAAUGCAUCCAGCCAGGAGCGUCUUCUAUCAGGUGCAGGAGAAUUCCCCAGCCCAGCAGGCGGGCCUGGAGCCCUACUUUGACUUCAUCAUCACCAUUGGGCACUCGAGGCUGAACAAGGAGAAUGACACGCUGAAGGCACUACUGAAAGCCAACGUGGAGAAGCCUGUGAAGCUGGAGGUGUUCAAUAUGAAGACCAUGAAGGUGCGCGAGGUAGAGGUGGUGCCCAGCAACAUGUGGGGUGGCCAGGGCCUCCUGGGAGCCAGCGUGCGCUUCUGCAGCUUCCGCAGGGCCAGUGAGCAAGUCUGGCAUGUGCUGGAUGUAGAACCAUCUUCACCUGCUGCUCUUGCCGGCUUGCGCUCCUACACAGACUAUGUGGUUGGCUCAGACCAGAUCCUCCAGGAGUCCGAGGACUUCUUUACGCUCAUCGAGUCUCAUGAGGGGAAGCCCUUGAAGCUGAUGGUGUAUAACUCCGAGUCUGACUCCUGCCGGGAGGUGACUGUAACUCCCAACGCAGCCUGGGGUGGAGAGGGCAGUCUGGGAUGUGGCAUUGGCUAUGGGUAUCUACACCGGAUCCCAACUCAGGCCCCCAGCUACCACAGGAAGCCACCUGGUGCCCCACCACUUUCUGCUCCAUCACCUGGUGCCCCACCAACUGAUGCCUCACUGCAUGGUGCCCUACCACCUGGACCCGCCCCGGAGGACUCUCCUCCCCUGGAGACAGGUUCCAGGCAGAGUGACUACAUGGAGGCCCUGCUGCAGGCGCCUGGCUCCUCCAUGGAGGAAUCCCCUUCUGGGCCUGAGACUCCCAGCCACACUGCUCCAGACUCUGAUGGACUUCCCCGUUCUAUGGAGACUCCUCUUCAGCCCCCACCUCCAGUGCAGCGAGUCAUGGACCCAGGCUUCCUGGACGUGUCGGGAAUUUCCCUCUUGGACAGCAGCAAUGCCAGUGUGUGGCCCGGCCUGCCUUCUUCCACAGAACUGAUCUCCACAGCUGUCUCAACCUCAGGGCCGGAGGACAUCUGCUCUAGCAGCAGUUCUCAUGAGCGGGGUGGUGAGGCUACGUGGUCUGGAUCAGAGUUUGAGGUCUCCUUCCUGGACAGCCCAGGUGCCCAAGCCCAGGCGGACCACCUGCCUCAGCUGACUCUUCCCGACAGCCUCACCUCUGCAGCCUCACCAGAAGACGGGCUGUCCGCCGAGCUGCUCGAAGCUCAGGCUGAGGAGGAACCAGCAAGCACAGAGAGCCCAGAUUUGGGGGUAGAGGCUGAGGGGCUGGCCAGCCAGGCCCAGAUCUCUACCGCAGAGAAACACCCUGAGCUGUGACAAGGCCCCAGUGACAUAUCAUGAGGUCCAGAUGUGGGCAGGCAGUCCAGGCUGCAUGAGGCAGUCAGCUCCAUGCCAACCCUAGCCCUGUGCCUGAUCCCAGCCCUGUGUGUUCAGCUUUCUAGGCUACAGCUGCAGGUGAUGUGCAGAGACUUCUGCUGGCAGGGGCUUCUGUGUCCACUCAGACUCUACUUCUAGUGUCCAAGAGGUGACCUCCAGCAUUUAUCCUGCCUGACAGUCCUGGCUUUGGGGGUUUCAAACAAGUCUUUUUGGGGUAGUCGACAGCUGGGAGCAGCACCUCAAAUUGUUUUAUAGGAGCUGCGGUAGGAGAAGGAUUCUUUGCUGUUUGGGUGGGGCAUGAGGCCUCAGUGGAUGGUGAGAGGGGCCAUCGGCCUUGUGGGAGGACAUCUGUUGGCUGUGUACCCUCAGGUCCAGUGCUUGGUCCUGAUCUGGUCACUGGGGCUGCCUAGGAGGCAGCAGGGUCUGGUCAUAAUCAGUGUGAAGAUGAGGUGAGGAAGGAAGGGACUGCUGUCCAGUGUUGGCCUGGAUGCUUUGAUUCUUCCUGCACAGCUCAGCCCACCCCAUCUGUACUGGAAGGGACCCUGGAGCCCUGGGACCACCCCCUUUCAAGUUCUAAUCACUGACUCCUCUGUCAGGUGUCCUUGUCCCUAGGCUACGCUGCCAGAGUUGGCUCAGGAUGACCACCAUGCCAGUCACAGUAGGGAGAGAGAGGUAGCACACCUGCCCCCAUCUCCUGGAGGGAGGGGGGCUGGAAAUUCUAGGCCCUUCAGCAGAUACCCAUUUGUGCCCAGACCACAAUAUUUCUUCUUCCUCAGGGACUACAUGCCACAGACCUGUAUCCCCAGUGGCAACUUCUGUUAGCUCCCAAACUUAAACAGUGAUCUUUUCUAAAUAUACAAGGCAUCUACCCAGCCCCAGCAGUGAAUAAAAGUUGCAAGUUUAAGGUCACCACCCUAAGCAGUUUCUCAAAGCCAGUCCACCUGAUAAGGUCUAUUCACACAGUCCCCAACCCCAAGGGGGAAUUAGGGGGACAGGUUAAGAGUAGGUAAAGUUCUACCCACCCCAGGUGCCCCUGGCGGUUAAGGCUAGGUUGGGCCCUCUACUCCAUCUGGGGAUGGCCCCUCAUCACCUGAAGUCCUCUGCUGUGUUGACUGGACCCUCACUCCCACACUGAUCCUAUGAAAGCUGCCUCUGGCCUUGUCUUCUAGCCUGUGCCUAGUUGAAAGUCUCACCUUUACAGGAUUAUCUGUAAUGCUGGUGUUCGUGCAGGGGACUUGCAUGCUCUGUUAGGUGUGCAGGACAAGGACACCUCAGGGCACAGACCAACUAUAUGGAUGGAGGGCCCCAAAUCAGCAAACACUUAAGUUUGAAGCAGACCUUUCAUUUAAGGCAAACCCUUGUCAAGCCUACCAGAGCAGCAAGUAUGUGUGCCAAACAGUAAGGUGGUGUGUCGUCUGCCAAAGUUCACAGGAAUGCAGGAAGUAAAAUAGAAUCGCCACAGGACUAUUCUGGGGCCAGCUUCCCUUAAUGCUGUAGCCUGGCAGUCUGACCCAAAGUUGCCCUCACCCAAAGGUUCUGGCUCUUCCUCAUUUUUACUUCCCCUUCCCCUGUAAGUUGGAGGAUAAAAUGGGUAUCAAUGCUAAUAUUUCCAGGGAGAACAUGAAACCAGAGGUUUCUUUCUCUGUCAUCUGCUAUUAAAACGACAAAUGAAAAUAAAUGUGUACUACACUUUGAAAUAUUUUAACUAAAGCCUUUAUUCUAUACAACUGUGAAAUACAGAUUUUUACCCUUUUGGCA